AGGCGGAUCUUGGACCAGUUCUACGUGUAAGGAUGAAUGUUGAUUUAGGACAACAACCGACCCUGGUUCAUAGCUUGGUGGGAGCAAUCACACCAUAGCGCCACAGCUGAAUUUUGACUCGGUGAAAGAGGUGGUCGUUUCUGCUAAAAGGAACAAGCUAGUUAGCUAGCUAGCCUAGCCUAGCCUAGCAAGCAACUUUAUAACCUAGCACUACACAGCAAUACGAACCCUUGGCAGCUAGCACCCUAUCAUCCUCCUGUCCAGGUGCAGGGAAGUGUCAUAACGUAAGAGUGGUCUAAAGUGGCAGACCACAUAAGGCCUUCGACAUGGGAGCUCUGGUGUCUCGGUGGAGGGCUAAACCUUCUACUGUAGAGGUGUUGGAAGGAAUAGAUAAGGACAUACAGACUCUUGAGGAAUACAGAGAGAAGUACCAAAGACAGUUGAAGAUCUGGGUCGGCAGACUGAUCUUGUAUUCAUGUCUGCUGUACCUAAUCGCCUGCACAGUUGUUUACCUGUGGUACCUUCCAGAACAAACGAUGGGCCGCCUUAUAUUGUCACUCCCCUUUUUAGUAUUUCCAAUAUUAAUAUGGUUCCUUCGAAAGAUGCUGAUAGUUCUGUUUUCAAGGAGAACAGAAAAAAACAAUGAGAAGUUGGAAGACUUGAAAAUACAGAAAAAGAAAAUACUUGAAGAGGUGAUGGAGACUGAGACUUAUAAAAAUGCCAAAUUGAUUCUGGAGAGAUUUGAUCCAGACUCCAAAAAGAAAGCCGAGCUGGAACACACUCCCCUUGGACCUCAGAUGACUCCAAAACCUGGCCAAGAGCUGCGUCAGCGCCAUGUCACUCCCAGGCCGUCUCCGGCCGCGGUGCUUCCUGCGGGCAGCGCAGCAGCCCGGCCUCCCCUAGCCCCCGGGGCCACCCACACAGGCCCGACCCCCCUCUCCGCUCCAGGGGGGCCCCCCGAGAGGAGCCUGUCUGCUGGAGCUGCUCAGCAGAGCCUGAUGAGGAGGCCCGUGACCCCUGGCACACCUGUUCCAGGACUAGGGAUGCAUCCACCAGGCCCGCCCUUGGCACGGCCAGUUCCACCCAGGGACAGAGGUGCUAUGGACAGGGUCAUUGAGUACCUUGUCGGGGAUGGACCUCAGAAUAGAUAUGCGCUCAUAUGCCAGCAGUGUCUGUCCCAUAACGGCAUGGCAUUAAAAGAGGAAUUUGAAUAUGUUGCCUUCCGAUGUGCGUAUUGUUAUUUCCUGAACCCGGCGAGGAAGAUCCGACCCCAAGCUCCCCGACUCCCUGAGAUCAGCGCCGUGAGGAAGCUGUCGUCCGAAGCCCCCGCGUCAACACCACCUGCCUCUGACGCAGAUGAUGGGCCCCUGGAUGCAGGUGUGAGGCCCCUGGAUGCAGGUGCGGUGCCCCUGGAUGCAGGUGCGGUGCCCCUGGAUGCAGGUGCGAGGCCCCUGGAUGCAGGUGCGGUGCCCCUGGAUGCAGGUGUGAGGCCCCUGGAUGCAGGUGCGAGGCCCCUGGAUGCAGGUGCGGUGCCCCUGGAUGCAGGUGUGAGGCCCCAGGAUGCAGGUGUGAGGCCCCUGGAUGCAGAUCCAGGUGAGACGACGCUAGCUGCCCCGCUUGCAGAGGAGAGCCAGACCCCAGAAGGCAGCUCUGAGCCAGGGAUCCAGACCCCAGAAGGCAGCUCUGAGCCAGGGAUCCCGGAGCCCCAAGACGUCCCCUCUGAGAAGUCCGACUCGGAGCUGGAGGUGUCCGCCAUGGAGGUGGAAUAGAAUGUCCGUCACUGCAACAUAUCAGUCAUGCUGGAGCUCGCUUGUGUGAGCAUACUUUUAGUUUUUCCUUCCUUCCUUCCUUCCUUCUGAAGGGAAGUUUCUUCUGGUUUAAGUAAAUAUCUGUUGCAAAUGAGAGCGGCAGAAUGAUAGGCCAGUGGUUGGCAGUGUCUCCCCUCGAGGGGGGGGGGGGGGGGGUGGGAGUUCUUAUUCAGCCCUUUUCAUGUCCUUGGAAUAGUAACAAUGAUUUCAACUGUACUGUAGGAUCAUCAAAGUGAAACUCCACAGCCAGAAGGAGUCUACUUAACUUUUCGUUUACAUGCUCAAAACGUUCAUGUCCUACACUAGCACUUCUUUACAAACAAAGUUCUCUUUAUAGCAUAAUGUGAUACAAUUAGUUUUAUCCUUGUGUAGUUAUUUUUUGCAUACGGAAAAUUCAUUAGCUACUGUAUAGUAUUCUUGUCUCACAGAAUGCCGUCGUAUAUCCGUGUUGUUUUGUAAAAUGAAAUGGGUGUGGUGUGAAAUGAAAUGCUUGUAUUUAUAGGAAAUUAUAUUUAUAGAUAAGUUUCUCCAACCCAGUGCCUUUCAGAACAGUAUUAUAUAGGUUCGGGUAUUCCCAGGCUACGUGGAGCUAGCCAUAUGUUUACACAGUAAGGGUACUGCCAUAGGAGUGCUGGUUGUUACGAAUACAGCUUGGUCCUAGACCUUAGUGCCUUUGACAUGUUUCAUGAAUAGACAUUGGAAUUAAGAAAGACUAUGAAGUCAUUAUUUUAGGCUACCUAUGUUUGUUUGGUGUGUCAAUGCCAUAUUUCUUCUUAUUGAGAGGAUAUUUAAUAAAGUAAAAAA